AGGACCCCCAGCCCGAUCAUACUUGGAUGGAUCAUGUAGUUAAGUAGCAAUCCCCACGUACUCUCACCGUCACCCCCUAGAAAAAUCCAGUCGUAGACAGUUGUACCUAUGUGUGUUCCCCCGCGUCAGCGAUUGUUGAUGUUGGCUAUGUACAUGAAAUUGAAAAAGAAAAACAAAAGCAGGUGACUGCGACUUCCCGGCCUCCUCAUUUAACCCCACCUCCCACCACCAGAUCCAGAACAAAUCCAAGAAAGCUAAAUUAUUCGAAGUGGUGUUGCUGUUGUACGACGUGCGGCGUAAGCUAUCACGAGGAUCAUGCUCCGACAGAACCAGAAGAUGAUACCGGGCAGUAGCUUCCGUGAACAAAAGCCGGCAUCGGAGGUCGUGACGAAAACGAAAACGAAGAUUGUUCGUUCGAUUUUCCAGUCACGACACAACUACAACUAGUGUCGCUGCAGUACUAAAACACUUCUUGGAACACGACGGACCGACAAAGAGAAUGUGGAAUGCUCCUCAUUAUCGAGGCGCAGGAGCAUUCAGUAGGGCGUCAGCAGCGUUCUCGCUGUCCUCGCGAUGCUCCUCCCGCACCGCGGCGAGUUGUACCACGAUCAUGCGCGUAUUCGCGCGAUCGUGCUUUUUGGGCACGCUCUGGCUGUAUCUUUUCCACGGCGACUUAGACUUUUUUGAUGAACAAAGUGGGUGCGGUCGUGGGAAGUUAGCCAAUAGGACAAGUAGCAGGAACAGAGGUCACAGGCGGAAGGUCGGGACGACCGAUGUACUAGUACCUGGAACUCUACUACAAGAAGCUAGAUCUGAGAGGACAUUAGCAGCAGACCCGGCCUCCACCUGCUCGAGGAGCGGCACAACGACGGGAGCAAACCAAGUAGAAGGCUCGUGUAGAAGUCAACAACAACAAGUAGAAAGACGCGUGGCGGCUCCCUGUGCUAAUGUAGUUUCGAGGUCGUCCUCCUACUCUGGGCCGAUAUUCGCCGCCCGUGCCAUCAAAAUCGUGCAGCAGAACGUCGACCGGCACGGUGCCCGCCGAUCGAAAAGAACUACGCGUCACCGGAAACAACUACCCACGGCGCAACAAGGAAGUACUAGCCACAAGACUGCCAGAAGUUUGCCAAGCUCCCGCGGCCACUCAUCCCUCGUUUUUAUGGGCACCACGACCAGCAGAAGAUCACCUACACCUGCGUCGGGAAAUAAAAUCAGUACAACGACAAGCGCUUCGCGAACGAGCACAUCAACCAGGAGUAGAGAUCGAAGCGUGGAGCACCAUGGGGAACAAAGUGCCGCGAAAACGUCAGGAGAAGAUGAAUCUGCUCUUUUGCAGCGAGACGAUGUGAAACUACCUCCUUCGCGGCCAACUUUGGCGGGGGGCGAGCGGAGAGAUCAUAAAGAAAAGACGCAAAGUAGAGCGCCUGCAACGCGGCCGCCCGGAGGUCUCGCUUCCGUGAAAAAUAAUAUCAAAGCGGAUCAAGAAGAAGAAGGAACACCAUGGGCGGGCCAACUUUUAUCCGAGGGGGCCGUUGAGGAAAUUAUACCUCUCUCAAGCACAAGAUCCACCUCCAUUGCGGGUCGUAGUUUCAGCAAAUUUAUUAAAGUAGAGGAUGAGAAGCGACGAACCUUUCUGGCACUUCUCGGCGUUGGGACCACAUCCAGUGCUGGGAGAAAAAGACAACUUCAUCUACCGACGGCAGACAAUUAUCGAGAUGAGGAUGGCAUCGAAAAAUCUACUAGAUCUUCCGGUAGAACAAGUUCCAGUGAUAUAGAAUUCUUUCCGCCUCCGGCGACUGGAGCGCCACACCAUCACGUCGAAGACGACAAUGCGAUAAAGAUUGGAAAUAGAAGCAGUAGAAACGAAAAAGUAAAACAAGGUACAUCAACUUCUACAUCCUCCUCUCCUCCAGAUGAGGUUGUUGACCGCAGUAGUUUUCUCCACCUGGCAAUAAAGGAUAAGGCCACAACAACUGCUAGGCGGAAAAAGGUCCAGUUACACGCGGACCUAACGUCCCGACCAGAGGACGAAAUAAAGCCCCGGCCGACCCAGUCGGGCGGAUGCCUAGCUGGCUGUUUCCAGGAACAGGAAGAAAACGAGGUCCCCCAGCGACUCGCUUCCAGGACGACCCCGACAGAAGAAGUAGAGCUACACGUCGAAGAUGCUGACCACGACACUAGUACAGCAGAAGAUGUUGAAAAGGAUGACAAAACAAGUGCAGCGGCCACCAGCAAUCGUCCAGAUAGUAAUACUGGUACUGCUGUACAUGAACGACUGGCUGCCCGCGAAGAACUCUCCGAGCAGGACGAGCACGCGGGGCCCCCAGCACCUCAUGACCCACGAGACCGUCGCGAUUCAAGAUCGCGUACUCCUACUUCCGAUCGGGACGAGAUAUUGUCACCAGACGCAAGCAGCGCACACAAUUCUGAUGCAGGCGGGGGAGGAGGCGGAACUGCCCCUGGAGAAGAUGAGGAAGGGCGCUCCGCUGACAGCGACGCCGUAAGGUUCGUGCCACCUCCUUUAUCCAAGAAAAAAACAUUGUAGGUGUAACUUUCUUGGAGGAUUAGCAUGACAAAUAUCUCUCGCAUGACAGCAAAAACCUGUCGUGCGCAGAUACUACAUGAAAACGCCCUUUAAUGAGCCCUACGAUGCAUGCCAAGCAUGACAGACGCAAUCAUCUUGCAUGUUGCGCAUUACAAAUUUACACUAACAACGUUUUUUUCUUGGAUAUCCUUCUCAAGACGGCGAAAAACGACGCGGUGACGAUGAAGAAAAUGAAGCCGUGGAGACCUUUUGGACCGCACCCGGGAAGCACAUCGAUUGGGUGUUAAAACACCCGCAGGCGGUGUGGAUUGUGGGUGGGGUCGUCCUCUUCUUAAGGCUCAAAAAAAUCCAUCCGCUCAACGGCUCCCAAAAUGUUUGAAGCCUGGCCAGAAAAAAGGCAUCUGCGCAAGAAGACACGCGCAGCAGUUUGUGACGCUCGGCUUCGUGAGCGCGUUCGCGCUGCAAAGUAGCGAUUUGAUUUUUUGAACCUUUUUGCGGGCCUUCAUUUGUGAUCGUGUGCCUUUCGGGGCGGAAAAGGAGCUGGGAGCGUUUUAUCAUCGUUUCCCGCUCUUUCGCAAGACUCUGUGACUUGCAGAGCUUGCAAAUUUCUUUCAAACUUCAUUUGAAGUUCAAAUUUGACUUGAAGCUUUUAGUCAAAUUUGAACUUCAGCCGAAGUUUGAGAGAAAUGAAUUAGUCCCACAAGUGGGCCCAACAAACAAAUUUCCAAUAGGAUUCGGCGUUUUCCGGACUUCUGUCGGACACCGCUGAAGGAGUAGAGCAAACAAAUGUGAGCAAAAAAUUGAAUACCGGCAAAUGUACGCGAAACGGUGAAAGGUAGGAAAAGGCUGUCAAAAUGGUCGCAACUCGUGUUUUUUGAUGCUCGAUGGGGGGCGCUUUACAAACUACAGCCACAGCAUCGGCGACGGCAUGCAAAGUGCAGCUGUGAUAUGAGUACGGUCUCGCCAACCGCAUUGCAACAGCUCGCGCACGCAGAUCGCGCAAAGUGCUUGGCUUUGCUCUUCGAAUGCGAAGCGGGGCCCUAUCGACUUUUCAUCCCUUGCAAGAAUUACUUCAGCAAACAUUUUGGGAACCGGGCUCGGAAUGGAUUUUUUUCACCCCUAAUCUUCCUGCUGGUGGUGUGCUUUGCGAUAGGCCUCGCGGUCUACUACUGGUGCUGUUGUUGCAAUUAUAAAACUGGCGGAGAAGAAGAGGAUUUAGAGGACAAUAAAGAACAUGGUAGUAGAACGAUAGGCACUGCAACUACAGAAGGCACAACAAGAACUGGAGCAGCUAGUACAACGGUUGUGCAGUCCCCUCCACCUCCACCUGCACCAGCUGCACCGGACUACUAUAUCGGAGAGCGAGGCGCAAGGCUUGAAGGUGGCGCAACGCGAGCCACGACAGCGACGGGCUACAGUUCGACACGGGAGCAGCACCACGGGGGUAUAAUGAUAAUCGCAAGCUGGUGCCCGUGUUGCAGCGGCAUUUUCGGAGUAGACGAGCAGGAUCCUGCAAAUUGUAAUAACGGGAAAAGAACAAAAACACCAACGGAGAAUGGGCCUGGUGGACCAGUCUCCGUGGAUGUUUUUGCGUGGACGGCGCAGGGGGACCCGGUCGUGGACGGCGCAGGAGGAGCUGCACCUGUUUCUGCUGCUCCCAUUACCGUGUCUGCCGCCCAUAUGGAAGCGUCAGGUUUGAAAUCGACAAAGUUGAAACGAUUUGCCAUGCAUAAAAUGGAUACCAGUUGGAAGCCCAAUUUCCAAGCGGCGCAUGACAAAUUCUCGGAGCAACGGAAUCCAAUUUGUCAUGCUGUUUGGGCACAGAAGACUGCUUUUGUCCUGCUCCUUUAGCAGCUCUAUCCCAAACCCUAAAUAGGCUCACAAUCUGCCUCGCUUGCCAUCCCUGCAAGAGAGGCGCUUCAUGUCUUGCAGUUUAUGCAUGAGAAAUUAUUUCAACUUUGACGAUUUCAAUCCUGACGCUUCCAUAGCCCAGGCCGCCGAGUUGAUGCAAAUGAACGCCGUUGACGCCCGCGGGGAGCUUCUGAUGUUCGCCACCCCCUUAUCCUGAGUAAAAACGUACCCACACCAGAGCUGUAAUGCAGAUUUGCAAAGACAGGAAGACUUGUAAUGCGCAUCCCCAUGAGAGCCAUUUCCAAUCGUGUUUUGAAAUUUGUGAUGCUGUGAACAGGAUGAGCAGAUGAAUCUGUGACGCGGCUGCACUUGCUAACCAGCACUACACUGCGGAGUGCAAUUUGUCAUGCGUGACUCCCAAAACUCCUAGGCUUGUGCUGCAAAAUCCCCAUCCUGACUCUGGUGUGGGGACGUUUUUACUCAGGAUACCCCUCCGGGCAGCUGCUCUCGCCCGCGGAGGUACACGCCUUGGCGGUGGAAGAGGGGAGCGCGAGCGGGCUGCCUGGUGGCCAGACGUCCAGUUUGUUCCUGCACAUUCUCAGUGGCCAGGACGAGUCGGGCGUUGUCUCUUUCGACAACGCGCGCGGUGGUGGAGGACCGCCUAUUACAGCCCAGCAAUCCCCUGGUAUUCUAGUCGGAGAGGACCAGAUGAUCUACUCCAGCCAUGGAAGAUAUGGAAGUGUCACGUGUGAAAUCGACAAUAAAGUGAAAGUUGAAACAAAUUUGUGAUGCAAGAAAACAAACGCAUUAUAUGUAAGUAAGUAUCUAUAGCGUAGCCAUAGAAGAGUGCGAAUGCCUGUAUUAAAGAGCAGGCAAGUUGUGACAGCGAAGGCCGCGAUUGUGUGCCUCUUGGUCGUUGGGUAUGGAGCUCGAGCUGCUGAAUAAGUCGAAUAGGAAGAGAGGUCUGCAUUCCGCGCCAAACAGCCCGAGAAAUCUGAUUGCGAUGCUGCCAAAAUUUUAAUUUGUCAUAUAAUUGCGCGACGUGGAGGUGCAUCUGCAUCUGCAAGCGUGAUGAAUUAUUGCAAACCAUUUCCUUCGAGUUAAUAUUUGUCGAUUUCGAGCCUGGCACCCUGAUAGCCAACCCGUUGCGGAGGUAGUUGCGCAAUCGCCUCGGGGUGUUCCACUCGGAGCCAAGACGCCGUCCGUGAACGCGAUCAGACUGUUGGUUCAGGACCCACGUGCGGAUCUACCCUUUCUAUCGCCUUUGUCGACCUUCACAAACAAAAUGGUCAAUGACUUGGUCGACGGAACAGGCGGUGGAGCACCAGCGGGCGCCAAUGACAGCCGAAACAGGCGCCGGGCCUCCAGUGUCGGUUAUGAGUAUACAGUGGUGCCAAAAAUACCGUCAGUCCAACCAGCAACGGACUCCAUUUUGAGGUACGAAAUCGAAAAUGCUCACCAAGUAAUGUGGUCCGCGCCUGGUACUAGCACUAGGACUAGGAGUAGUUGUAAACUAAGUACAAACAUCGCACACCUCGCACCUUUCAAGAAAAACAUCAGGCUCACGCCAUCAGCUAACUAUGAUCAGCAGAGAUGAAGCAUGAUCUCCAUUGAUGAACGAUAUCAUUAUCAUAUGAACGAGCUGGAGCUACUUUGGUUUGCAUGUAGUUGCGUCAAAGUUCUUCGACCGCCUUCAACGAACUCUGUGUCCUCUGGAUACUUACACCGAAGAGCAGUAAGAGACUGACAGUCUCGCGUGAGAGUUGCGAGUUACUAGAACAAGCAAUGCUAUUUGAAUUUGAUGUUAGUACCAGAAGCGGCAAGAUUUCUUGCGUUGCAUAUCACGGAGGUAGCCGGAAAGAACGUGAUGGGGCUGGAUUCGGACAUGGCUAUCGUUGCGGAGCCUGAGAACAAGCAAAAGCAGGGUAAGAAAAAACUGGAUCAUGCCAAAAAGAAGCUGCGACAAGUCACCGGUUUGAAUAAAAAACCUGUGAAACCUAAAGUGUUCGUGCCGGGUCCGAUGGACGGCGGAGUUGCCGUGGUCCUCGCUUCGCCAUCCCCCCGCGAUCGGCCUAGCAACCUCGUCCCAGCAGGAGGUGGAGUGCAACCUGGUGCAGAAGCAGGAGCUCAAGGCACUACAACAUCUUCUACUCCCCUGCCCGCCGGCGCCGCCCCGCUGGCCCUUACUCCCAAGACAGCGUUCGAGAUGAAUCCGCAGAUGAAUAAUAAUAAACUAGUUGCCGCAGGAGGUCGCGGUGGCACUGGCACCGUCGCCGCCCCCGCCCUCGUUCCGGUUAUAGCAGUGAGAAUGGGCGGCUCUUCCAAGAAAUCCCGUGGAACGAUGAAUGCGGUUGAACCAGGAGACCAACCUAGUCCCAUUUUUACGAGUCCCUCCGCAAGCAGGCAGGGAUCGAAAACCGCGGCUCCCGACCACCGCGGCGCGCCAGUAGAACAACCCGAUCUGGGGGUUCCAAUUACGGAUCCGUUGUCGGACCUUAUUCAGCUCGGAGGUAAACCCCGCCCACCAAUCACUCGCGAUGCCUACUUUACGUGGGACAAAACCAACGACACGUUUGCGAAGCCGGCGUACUCGUUUGAAGACCGAUAAACAACUAAAAUCAUUUUCACUCUUCUUCAUUAAGAGGAGGUC